AUGGGCCACAACCAGACAGUCUCCCAGCACCCAGCAGCCCAUGUCAUCCCCACCCACCCCUGUAGCCUCUCAGGGCCAGGCUUUGGGAGAGCGCCCCCCUCCCCCUCUCCUGCUGUGUUAACUGCACCUCCUGUUGCCAACGGCUUCCAGAAUGCAGAAGAGAACUCCCGCAUCUCCAUCACCUUCUUCCGCCUCUUCCGGGUCAUGCGUCUGGUCAAGUUGCUGAGCCGUGGGGAGGGCAUCCGGACCCUGCUCUGGACCUUCAUCAAGUCCUUCCAGGCUCUGCCCUAUGUGGCCCUUCUGAUCGUGAUGCUGUUCUUCAUCUAUGCCGUGAUAGGGAUGCAGGUGUUUGGGAAAAUCGCCCUGAAUGACACCACAGAGAUCAACCGGAACAACAACUUUCAGACUUUCCCCCAGGCCGUGCUGCUGCUCUUCAGGUGUGCCACAGGUGAGGCCUGGCAGGACAUCAUGCUGGCUUGCAUGCCAGGCAAGAAGUGUGCCCCAGAGUCUGAGCAGAACAACAGCACGGAAGGAGAGACUCCCUGUGGCAGCAGCUUUGCCGUCUUCUACUUCAUCAGUUUCUACAUGCUCUGUGCCUUCCUGAUCAUCAACCUCUUCGUAGCUGUCAUCAUGGACAACUUCGACUACCUAACAAGGGACUGGUCAAUCCUUGGCCCCCACCACCUGGAUGAAUUUAAAAGAAUCUGGGCAGAGUACGACCCUGAAGCCAAGGGUCGUAUCAAGCACCUCGAUGUGGUGACGCUUCUUAGGAGGAUUCAGCCCCCCCUGGGUUUUGGAAAGCUGUGUCCUCACCGCGUGGCCUGCAAACGCCUGGUCUCCAUGAAUAUGCCUCUAAACAGUGAUGGGACUGUCAUGUUCAAUGCCACCCUGUUUGCCCUGGUCAGGACUGCUCUGAGGAUCAAAACAGAAGGGAACUUAGAACAAGCCAACGAGGAGCUGCGGGCCAUCAUCAAGAAGAUCUGGAAGCGGACCAGCAUGAAACUGCUGGACCAGGUGGUGCCCCCUGCAGGUGACGACGAGGUCACAGUUGGCAAGUUUUACGCUACUUUCCUGAUCCAAGAAUACUUCCGGAAAUUCAAGAAACGCAAAGAGCAGGGGCUUGUGGGCAAGCCCUCCCAGAGGAAUGCCCUGUCC